AUGUCGAGGGGAACCUUGGUUAAAAGAGAGGCCGUGAAAAUUGCACCAAUCCUCCGACGCCGUCCAAAUAUCCUGGGUUCAGCGGAAUGGUUCUCACAGAGGGAACAAAAGGCUGUGGCCAUGGCCACAUUCACACGGGAAGAGUUCUAUCAGCAGCUGCUGAGUGGCUGUGUGCUGCCCACUGCUCAGCAGGGCUUUGAACAGGUCUGGAUGCUUCUCCUUUUGUGCUUGGUGUGCCGUCUCCUUUGGAGAUUGGCUCUGCCAUCCUAUGCUAAGCACCUGAGCACUGUGGCGAGUGGCUUCUAUGCCCUCUACCACUUCUUCCAGCUACAGAUGGUGUGGGUGGUCCUCCUCAGCCUCCUGUGCUACCUGGUGCUGUUCCUGUGCCGCCACUCGACCCAGCGUGGUGUCCUGCUCUCCAUUACCAUUCUCAUCUACUUGCUCAUGGGGGAAAUGCACAUGGUGGACACAGUGAGCUGGCAUAAGAUGAGAGGUGCCCAGAUGAUUGUGGCCAUGAAAGCUGUGUCGCUGGGCUUUGAUCUGGACCGGGGUGAGGUGCCAGCCAUCCCCUCCCCAGUUGAGUUCAUGGGUUAUAUCUACUUCAUUGGAACAGUCAUCUUUGGACCCUGGUUCCGUUUCCGCACCUACCUACAGGCCGUGGAAAGCCGGAGAAUGAGUUUCUCCUGGUUCCAGAAGGUCUGCCUGAGCUUCUUCCUCUGUCUUGUGUGCCUCAUCAUGUCCACAUGUGUGGCCCCCUACCUCUUCUCUUACUUAAUACCCCUCUACAGCUACAAGCUGCUCAGGAACAGGAAGCACAGAAACAGAAGCACCUUGAUGAGGUGGCUCCGGGCAUAUGAGAGCGCCAGCUCUUUCCACUUCAGCAACUAUUUUGUGGGCUUCCUGUCUGAAAUGACAGCUACAUUGGCAGGGUCUGGAUUCACAGAAGAGAAAGACCAUUUGAAAUGGGACCUAACUGUCUCUCGUCCCCUGAAUGUGGAGCUGCCACGAUCCAUGGUAGAGGUGGUCACCAGCUGGAACCUGCCCAUGUCCCAUUGGCUGAACUCUUAUAUUUUUAAGAACUCCCUGAAACUGGGAACCUUCUCAGCCAUCAUUGUAACCUACGCAGCCAGUGCCCUCUUACACGGCCUGAGCUUCCACCUGGCUGCAGUGCUGCUCUCUCUGGGAUUCAUCACUUACAUUGAACACGUUCUCCGGAAGAGACUCUCCAGCAUCUUUGAUGCCUGCAUACUCUCCAAGAGGUGUCAGCCAGGUUGUUCACAUCGCCACACCACGAAUCUUUGGGUUCGCCUUCUCAACCUGCUCUUUGGGGCUCUUGCAGUCUUUCACUUGGCCUAUUUAGGGUCAUUGUUUGACAUGGAUGCAGAUGACUCUGUGGAAGAGCAGGGCUAUGGCAUGACCUACACCAUCAACACGUGGUCUGAACUGAGCUGGGCCAGCCACUGGGUGACCUUUGGAUGCUGGGUCUUCUACCGCCUCAUCAGCUGAAUGGCAGCCUCCAUGCAGACCUGGUUGGAGAGGCGGAGCUGAGGGCGCCAUCCCCUUCAAGACCGUCCGACACCUUUAUGGGCUUGAAUGCUGUGGACGCUUGGCUGAUCCCUUUUCCCUCCAGGAUGCCCACAAAGGGAAGGGGCCUCUGGUCAGCAUAGACCAUGUUCGCGCCAGGUCCUGACCCACUGCUCUCAAAAGCAAGCAAGCAAGCAAAUUAGGCCCCACAUGGGGUAGGUAGCCAGGACACUCACAGGUAUCACACAAGGACAGCGAUAUCCCCUUCUGGUGACACUUUCAGGGAAUUGCAACACUCGUGCAUAGGGACAUCUCCUUGGCUGUCUUUGGGUCCCCUCUAGUGGCCAUUUGUUGAAACUGCACCAUUUCCCCACCCUCCUUUUUGUAUGAUUUAAUUUGAAUUAUUUUAAUUGGAACCCCUGCCCCGCCCCACCCCCUGCAACCCCUGCUCUUCUAUCUCCCUCUGCUCUCUCGUAGUGGCUGAUUGUGAGAAGUGUGCCUGCUUCUGUCUUGGCAUUCCUGCAUGUUCCUGGGAUUAUGGACUCAAUUUUUUUUCAGUAAACUUGAAUGACUGGCCAAUUUGAAUGACUAUUUUUUAAAACUGUUCUAUAGGUUUAAAAUCUCCCUCUUCCUUAAGGUCAAUGCUUGGGCUAUUUAGGCAGAUUUAGCGGCUUCACAUAGCUCAAGUUUGUUUCCAGCAUUGCGGUUUUUGAAGGUUUGGGGGAUUUGUGAUUGAGCCAUAGCAGAAAGAAUGAUGGAUAUAUUGAGGACAUACAUGGAGAGGGAGAGGAGGCUUGGAAGGCCAAAGGCAGGUGACUUACAGAAGGGUGAGCAGCAGCUAUGCAGGGCACUGCAGAACUGCUGCUUAACCAUGUUCUCUUCCUCCGGAACUGUAUGGACUAGAAACUUGAUCCAUUUCAUUCCAAAUGGAAACCCAGAUGCUUGGGAUACUAAAUUCCAUGCCAUAUUAUGGAUACAUGCUCGGAGUACUUUGAGCCCUGACUUAUUGUCAAGGAUUUAUUAUUGAUGACCACUCACUGGAACCAUGCCUAUUAAUGUGGGGUAGAGCCCCCUCUAUGAGAGUGGGGAAAGUUGUGCUUCUGUUCCUUACUGCAUCCUCUCUUGAUUGCAAUUAUGUCAAAGCAUCAAUUGAAUAUGUAAAGUGCUAUCAAAACUAUUUUAACUAUUUGAUCCUGUGUUUUAAAGAAUUUAAAGGCUUUAAAGAAUUACACCAUUUGAUCUUUCAUUAUCACCUCUUAUCACCAUUCACUCCAGUAAUCCUACCACAGGGUCUCCCCUACAACUCUGCUCAAGUGGUACGGUUACCCUGUUGUUGCAGCAAGUGUUCUACCUUAACCCUCUGCUCCCACAAAGGAAUUGCAGAGGUUAAACCAAGAUUCAUUUAGAUGGAGACUUGUGCAUGGACAGGAAUUAGCACUGGAGUAAUUCUACAGCAUUCAGUAUGACUGAUCCUGGAAGAGUGUGGAUGCCUCCUUAAAGCCGUUCUGCAAGGUGUGCUGGAGAGAGGCCAUCCUGAGGCUCUGUGAGAGAACAAACUAAUAUUUCAGGCUCCUAUUUUUAAUGAUUCCUUUGUUUGCUUGCUUAUACCUCCUUGCAAAGAGAAAUGAAAUGGGCAGGGUGUCAGUGGCACCUUUAAGUUGGGGAGCAUGGACUCACGUGACUCACACCCCUACAUUCUGCCCUGGUGCAGUCCAGUCUGUCACCUCAGUAUUUCCACCAUUUCAUUGAAUCAUAGAAUAAUGGAAGGGGCCAAGGCAGCCAAUGGGUCCAACCCCAUGUCACUGCAGGACUCCAAGUACAGAAAUCAGCAGAGCAGGCUUGUAAAAGAGAGCAGAGCAAGGUGGUAGAAGGAGCGGGCAGAUAUCUUGCACUGUAUCACUUCUUAUACUUAUUCAACCCAAGUGGCGACUUGGGUUGUGCAUCAGUGGAAGAGGGCACAAUCUGGAUUCAGGAAAGGCCUUGUGGAGAACCUCAGACCCAGGGCUCAAAUCCCACCCUGUACACUUCCCCGCUACCUUCGCCCACUACCAAGUGUUUGGUGCUUUCUGCGUUUGUGCAGGAGGGUUUUUUCCCCCUUUUUUCAUUCUAAAAGUCUGAAGUGCAGCUUGACUACUGGUAGCAACAAAACUUGACUACUGGCAGCAACAGCUUUAGGCUAAAAUAACCUGGUAAUUUUGUGUUGCCCCGUUACCUUUGGUGUGCUCACCACUGGGCUGUGGCCCUUGAGAACCAUGCCAAAGUGGAAUUCAGCCCUUGGGAUGAAAGAGGUUGUAGAACCACGGCUACAGAGAUGACUGUGCUAGAUGGGCUUAAUCAGUCUGAGUCAUUAAAAGGCAGCUUCCAGUAUUUCUGUACUCCCUGCCUGUGGAAAGCAAGCAUGUCACAGAGAGAAUAAAAACCUUCCUCUUCCUGAUGUGCUGCUUUACUGCUUGCCCGGAGGUAUUUCAUUAGGUGGGGGAGAAUCUUUUUUAAAAAUCUGACACACACAAACACCACCCUCAAAAGCUACAGUCUAGAUUUUGCCACCUCAGUCUAUUACCUUAUUGGAUGUAGAACUAGUGGGGGGAAAGAGCAGAACUGAAAGCACUGGCGUUCAGUCUACUGCUAGGAUGACCAAUGGUUAAAGGCCUCUCAAAGAGGGAGCAAAUGUUGGCAGGGGAUGCUGGUCAGGUUUGAGACUGAACAGUGGUACCACCUGGUUCUCUCUCCUGCACAGCUAGUUAAAGGCAAAUGAAUCCGGCCCUGUUGCACUUGGUCAUCCUUACCUACCAAUCUCCGGUCACAACUGAGGGGUGGGAAGAGAUGGAACAUAAUUCCCUACCUCCCCAUGGGCCAAUAUGUGCCAACAAACCCCAGCACCUCUUUUCUGCCUCUUGUUCCAUUGAGGAAGCAGGGAAUGAAAUGUACUGUAAGUAGUAUAGAACAAAGGAGUUAUGGUUUGAUGUUUUUUAUUUGCAUUUGAUUUGUUACCUGUACAAUAAACAUUAGUGGAAAAUGCA